AUGCUCUUCGCUCUCUGCGUGCCGUUUUUGGGCGCCGUGCUGACGAUUCCGCGCUCUCCCGACGAGAUGGUGCGGCGGGCGGCGGCGGCGGUGACGCGCGCGUCACAGGCCGGCGUCAGGCGCCAGAUCGUCAAGCUGGUUGUGCCCGACGACCAGCGUUCGUACAAGGUCUUCGGAGCCGUGCCGAUACAGGGCACCUCGGCGCCGGAGGACCUCGAUCCGUGGCCGGGCGGCCUCAAGCAGCAGUACCCGAUCGCUCUCGGCCUCGCCCGAGAGCUGCUCCAGGGCGUCACCGGCGCGAGCGAGCGGCUCAUCACCGACCAGGGCGCCACGCCAGCUGAGGACGCCGCGGUUUGCCUCUUUGCGGGCUGUGACCAGCUCGGCAGGCUGCGCGAGGUGGACGGGAUGGCGGGUGCGGACCGCCUGCUCUGCCUGCUCAACCCGCAGUUCAAGCGGCUCGAGGACUUUUCGCUCUGGCAGCGGGGCGAGGCGCGUUCCGUCGUCUUUGAGAGGGGCUACGAGUGCAGCUUCGCCUUUGAGGAGUUUGCCUGCCGCGGCGAGGACGUCAAGCUGGCGGGCGAGCAAGGGGUUGGCGAGCACGGGGUCGGCUGGUGCGCGUUCGUCUUCCUCGAUGACGGGUCGGAGGGCACGAUCCUGCACGAGGGCGCGCUGCCGUCGCGGCCCGAGUACAGCUGGCUCGAGGCGCAGAUCAACGCGCGGCACCCCAGCCCGCGGCAGCUCAGCCGGGUGGACGAGGAGGGGCUGCGCUUCAUGCGGCGCGGCGAGGAGGAGAGCGGAGGGGCCACCGAGCGCGAGGCGCCGCAGAGCGAGAGCGAGCGCUAG